AUGGGAGAUGACACUAUAUAUGGCAUGUUCCAAUGUAGAAGAUACCUUUCUAACACCGAUUGCGCCGCCUGCGUCGCCGCUGCCACUGCAGAUAUCCUUAGUUGCUCCGGUGGGAUUAGUUCCCAUCUAGUAUACGAUGGGUGCUCCCUCAGAUAUGGACCAUUCAGCUUCUUCACUGAGGCCAUUCGUGGUGUCAAUGGUAUUCUUUGUGGAAAUCAAACUUCAAAGGGAGAAACCAAUAAGGAUGAUUUUAGUGAGGAAGUAAAACAAGUGCUAAACAAGCUACAAAUAGCAACACCCAAAAUCCCUAAUUACUAUGCAGCAACAAAGACACAAUCAAUCUAUGCUAUUGCACAAUGUGUUGAAACUGUUUCAGCAAAUAGUGAAGUACCAGGAGCAACCAAGUUGAAAGCGCCAAUUAACUAUAAAUACAAUGAUUUAAAAGCUGCAACAAACAAUUUUAAUGAAGAAAAUAGACUAGGAGGAGGUGGCUUUGGCAAUGUAUACAAGGGAACUUUGAAAAAUGGUAAAGUUAUUGCGGUGAAGAAAUUGUUCUCAGGUCAAUCCAAGAAGUUGGAGGAUGACUUUGAAAGUGAAGUGAAGUUUCUAAGUAAUGUUCAUCACCGAAACCUUGUUAGACUCCUUGGAUUCUGCAAUAAAGGCCAAGAGAGAAUAAUAGUUUAUGAAUACAUGACAAAUGGCAGUCUUGAUAAAUUGUUAUUUGGUAAGGAAAAAGGUUGCCUAAAUUGGAAGCAACGUUAUGAUAUGGUUUUAGGCACAGCAAGGGGAUUGGCCUAUCUACAUGAAGAGUUUUAUGUUUCAAUCAUACAUAGAGAUAUCAAAAGUGGCAACAUCCUCUUAGACCAUGAACUUCAGCCCAAAAUUUCUGAUUUUGGGUUGGCAAGGUUUCUUCCAAGUGACCAAUCCAAACUCAAUACAAGAUUUGCAGGAACAUUGGGAUACACAGCACCUGAAUAUACAAUUUACGGCCAAUUAUCAGAAAAAGUUGAUACAUACAGCUAUGGUAUUGUAGUUCUAGAAAUUAUAAGUGGUCAAAAGAGUACCGAAAUAGUGAAAAAUAAUUAUAAUGAUGAUGACGACCAUGAAUAUCUUAUCAAACAAGCAUGGAAACUUUAUGAGCAAGGCAAGCACCUGGAGUUAGUGGAUAAGAAUUUAGACCCUAAUGACUAUGAUGUGGAAGAAGUGAAGAGAGUUAUAGAGAUUGCUUUAAUGUGCACUCAAGCAUCACCAUCAAAGAGGCCCAAAAUGUCUCAAGUAGUAGUCUUACUCACAAGCAAGGCCCAACUUGAGAAUUUGCAACCUUCAAUGCCUGUAUUUAUUGAGUCAAACUUGAAAUCUCAAGGAAGCAAUUUUGGCUCAAAUGCUACCGUCUCCUCUGAUUCUAUUUUAUCAGCUAGAUGAUUAUAAGAUGAAGGAGUAGUAAUUU